AUGCACCAAUUCCUCACUUACGUGGCAACCUUUUUGUCCAACUUAGGCAACUACUAUGGAUCCGGCGACCAGAAGUUCAUCCCAGCCAUCCCUAGGGCCGUCUUCGCAAAAAUUGCAACCAAGUCUGACAGACUUCAAGCUUUGUAUAGCUCGUUUGCUGACGCUGUCUAUUCAUCACCGCCCUUCAGUCUUGGAUACCCGGGGGAUACCACUCAAAGCACUUACUACCCGGGAAACCAUAUCGAUAAAGAGGAAAUCGCAAUGGUCUCUCAAGUCCUAGAGCAAAACUCUAUUUACCCAGAGAACACCAGAUUGAUGAAAGUAGACGGGGAUUAUGAAUUUGAGUUACAGAUCGCUUCUUCCCAUGAUGGAAGUCUUGGUGUCUUGCCGUUGCCUGACGAAAGAGGCAGCGUGAAGCUCGUGAUGGGGGAUCAUGCAGUUGAGCUGGAAAAAAUGUGCGUCGAGUUGACACAAGCGGCGAACUUCGCAUCCAAGGAGUUCCAGAAAGCCUUCAUCGAAGAGUACGUGGAGAGCUUCAGGACUGGAAGCCUAGCCAAGUAUCGAGAUUCACUGCGAAACUGGGUGAAGGACAAGACGCCGGAGAUUGAGAAUAUUUUCGGCUUCGUUGAGCCAUACAGAGAUCCACAUGGAAUACGAGCCGAGUUUGAGGGUCUUGUUGCGAUCGCAGACGCCGCGGAAACAAGGAAACUGACGAGAUUGGUCGAGAAUUCGACACAAUUCAUUCGCAAGUUACCUUGGGCCAGUCCCGAAAACGACGGAAAGGGGGUAUUUGAGAAGUCUUUGUUUGACCCUCCUGAUCUCUCAAGUAUACAUACGCUGGCAUAUUGCUCCAGUAUCAUAUUUCCGGGAAUCAACCUACCCAACUACAACGAUAUCAGACAAGAGACAGGUUUCAAGAAUGUCAUCAUUGCCAAUCGCAUGGUUGCGGAGAGUAAGGCACAGGGUUACGCAUUCAUCGAAGACUCCGAAGAAGCCGCAUUCCGCAAAGCUAAGUUCCCGACCUACUAUUGGUGGGUUGUUCUGCACGAGCUUCUUGGACAUGGCACAGGCCGGAUGAUGGUUGAAACGGCAGAAGGGGACUACAACUUCGACAUUCAGAACCCGCCCAUUAAUCCUCUCGAUGAUCACCCAAUCAAAUCCUGGUAUAAGCCAGGACAGACUUGGACCGGUCAAUUUGAAGAUCUCGCCACAACAGUUGAUGAGUGCAGAGCAGAGCUAGUUGGGGCGUACCUGAUGGAUGACAAAGAUCUCUUGGGAGUUCUUGGAUUUACAGAUGCCACAGACGUGACAGCUGACGAUAUCGCGUACAACAUGUACCAGCAAUUGGGUGUAGAUGGUCUGCGUGGUCUUGCCAACUACAAUGUCGAUAGCAAGCGUUGGGGUCAAGCCCACAGUCGAGCACACUUCGCAAUUCUGAACUGGCUACUUCAGGACGGCGGGGACUGUGUGGAAAUUGAACAUGACAAGACUGCUGAAACUUUGACAGUCAGAGUCAAUAGAGCAAAAAUGUCCACUCAUGGAAAGCCAGCACUGGGCAGGAUGCUCUUGCAUCUGCACAUGUACCGGUGCACAGCAGAUGUACAGGCAUGUCGCGUUUACUACGAAAUGCUUUCGACAUUGACUCAGGAGCAUCUGGAAUGGCGGAAGGUGGUGGUGGCUAGUAAGCCACCGCCACUUGUGUUUGUCCAUGCCAAUACGUCUCUGGAAGAGGAUGAGGUUACUUUGAGAGAGUAUGAGCCCACAGUUGAAGGUCUCAUACAGAGCUGGGCCGAGCGCCAUGUCUAA